AUGUGGACGUCCAUCUCUCUUGGAGCGACGUCAGCACUUCCUGUAGCUCCGUCUCCAGGCACCCUGGAACCGCAUUCGCCUGACCCUCGCGGAGACGUCCCUUUGCAUGCCGUCGAGGGACGGGAAGGAGCUGCAGAAAAGCUGAUUCAUGCACCGAGCGGCAAUGCCUACGUCGCAGGAACGAGAGUUAGUAGAGAGAGUGACGCGGCCAAGCGUCAGGGAUCCUGUAUUUCGGCUCUUCCCGAUUUCUUCACAACUCGCCCCAUCGUCUUCCGCGAAGUGGACAUGCACUCGACUGCGGCUCAGCCCCCCGCGUUUCUGCCGCAUCGGGACUGCAUCGUUCACAUCAAGCCUGCCCCUGUGAAUGACGAGAGCUGGAGCCAGACCGGCACAUUUCCUCGAGGGCUCUUCUCGCCUGUGUUCAUUCAGAACAUCGACAGGAACACAACAGAAGAGGGGCUCUCUGGCCUCACCGAUACACCGAUUUGCUCUCCAUCGUUUGGUGGGCUCUCAGAGGAGGGCACGCCGCGGCUGACCCGCGAAGCGGCGGCCGGCGCAGGCGCCGCGGAGUUGAGCACUGCUGCUUCUUCAGUAUUUUCUGCCGAGAGUCCUGGUCUGCUUACACUGGACGUCGGCUAUUACUCUGGACGGAAGUCGAUCCUCUCAGAGGCGAGGGAAGAGGGCCUUUCUGAAGCAGGCUCCGAAAAGUCACUGAGCACUUGUUUCAAUGUGAAGCAAGCCAGCCGCGACCAGCUGUGCCUUCCCGUUGCUGUAGCCCUGGCCGUCUCAAAUGUUGUUGAGAGUUCUUCUCAUAGUUCCUUCCGCGAUGCAACAAAUGCAGGAGCCUCUCCUCCUCCUCCGGCAGGCACACGCAGCGCACGUAGUCUGGUUCGCCGGCUGAGGGCUCUGGAGGAGCCGGCAAGCCGACAACGAGAGAAAAACACCACAGAUGGCAUCUCUCCUCCCAGCGAGCGAGUGGAGGGGAUCCUGGGGGCCACGCGCGCGCGCGACGCCGUGCGGCUCCGUCUCGAACGUCGGCUGAGCACCGUCAAGGCACCCGCAGCACCCACCUCUGUCUCCUCAACACUCGCACCUGCUGCUCCAACUGGCAGCCCACUUUUCUCGUCUCGCGGCCACCAGCCACCUCUGCACGAACGUCAAGGACCCUCUCCUGUGCGCAGGCACUGUUCUGCGCAUCGGCCUUCUCCUUCGGUGGACGGAGACGACGAGGACCAGAGCGCCUGUCCGCCUUCGCUGCCUGAGUCACCUCGAAGGUCUCGUGGUCACUGUCAUGGAGCCGUCUUCGGUCCACGUGUCAAAGCCGCCGCACGCCUCGUCGCUCUGCUCCUUCUCUGCACAUGCCCGCUUAUUCUCGCGGGGGUCGUCUUCCACGUCUCACCAGAUUCCCGUCCGGUGGCGCUGAGCCUGCUUGAUGGGCUGUGUCCCCUUAGUUCGUUUUGCGUGUACGUCGCCCCCGCAGGGGCUGCGCUAACGUCAAUCAAGAACAGAACUACGCAGCACCUUCCUGCCCUCCUCUUCGUUCUCCAGGCUCUCUGCAACCUUCUCGGGUGUGCCUACGGCCUCGCUCUAGGCAGCGCUGCGCUGGCGGCCACGAACUUUAUCGGGCUCGCCUUCCAGGUGCUGUGGCUCGCCGUGUACCUGGCUUUGCGGCGGUAUCAGGCCCUUGCGAGUCGAUCGGCUCCUGUCCGCGCCGACCAAGGGGGCACGCACGACGAGGCGGACCCCGACGCACUUCGGUGUGGGCGGCCGCGCCCUCUCUCACCUCUCCUCGCCUUUCCGGGUCGGCGCGACAGCCGCCGGAGUCCCGCCAGCACAGGCCGCGAACCUCUCCAUUCUGCGGGUGUCCCUCCGUGGACGCGAAGUCAGUGCGGAACGCUGAGGAAGCUCGUCAGCGGAGCCGCAUCGGAACCCCCGCGCUCGAGUGAGCAUGGACUGGUGACGAUCUGGGCAGACGCGUACCCGAGCCGAAGAGUUUCUCACUGCGGCGCUGGAUCGCCGUAUUAUCGAGGGCUCGUAUCAGCUUACCUUGGAGCCGAAGAGUCCCCCGGGUCGCGGGCCGCAAGAGCUGCCUGCGGAUCCACAUCUCCGGUGCUCCUGUGCGGGAAGUUGGCGUCGAAAUCUCAGAGUCAGAGAACCGCCGAAUACGCGGCUCUAGGCAAUGACCACGUGGCGGCGAGGGGACAGGGCGACACAGCACCGCGUGAAGGGCAGAGACGGGGUGCCCCCUGGCGCGCGGCAGCUGAGCGGGAGGGGAACAGAGAAGCGUUCGCGAGCGUCCAGCGGGUGUAUCCUCUUCCUGCUUCCUCAUCGGAUGUGCCUUCUCUCCGUCAGAGCCGUGCCGCUUGCGUUUUGGUCGUCGGCGACCGUCACAAGGCUGAGGCUGUGGCAUUGCCGCAUCUCCACGACGUCUCGCCGUGGCGGGGAUCGUCUUUCCUUGCCCUCGCGGUUGGUUCGGAGGAGCGCUUAUCUCCAAGGCGUUCGUGGAGGAGGCAUUCGCCAUCGGCUGCUGCACGUGACGCUUUUUGCGGUGGGGAAGAGGCGAGGCCGCCUUUUCGAAGGAAAGACAGCUUCAGGUCCGAUGAGGCGUUGCCCCUGUCGGCAGAGUCCCGCGACAGAGUCGAAGACUGCGGCAGAGCCGUGUCUUCGAGUGAAGAGCAUCAUGGAAGCAUGCCUGCCUCUUCUCUCGUCGGCUCUGGUUCUUCUUUACGUUGCCAUUCGCAUCCGACUUCACCCUCUUGGAUGCGUUCACCGCGCUCUCGGUCGCCCGCCACGGGUGGGGCGGUGAAGGAGGACAUGAGCCAGACUGCCGGCUGCGCAAGUCCUGAACGGGCGGGGAAGAGGUGGAUGCGCACUGGGGGGGCAUCCUCAAACGCUCGCAGAAAUCAGGAAACAGUGCAGCUUCUUCUCCGCGGUCCUGCUGGGGACGGAGGCGACCGCGGAGUUCGGCAAUGGGAAGGGAAACCCCUCUGUGUCCCGAUCCUAGGUGCCUUUGCUCGUGUGGCUGUCACCUUAGCGCCAGUUUUUGUCGUCUCGACCUUCUUGCACGAGUCGUGGCUCGCCCUGCUCCUUACCCUCCUCAAUGUGCUGGCCGUCGUCAGUCCUCUAAGCCUGCUGGGGGACAUGAUUCGACGCCGAUCGUCUACGGGGCUCCCUCGCCCACUGGUCGCCAUGAUGGUCGUGUGCAACGGCUUGUGGGGACUGUACGGGCUCGCUGGAGACAUUCCUGCAGUCUACAUCUCUUCCGUCAUAGGCUACGUCGCCGGAUUCCUGCAGCUUGCAGUCGUCAUGUGGUGCGACCGCGAACUGUGUUGGAUCGACUUCGCUCUCCUUCUUCAUCUGCUUCGUUUUGCGCGCGUCUCGUACUCCAUAUGCCCCGCCCUUGCGGCAUGCAAUGCCUACCCAGCCAUCUCAUGCGGGCACGCCUCCCCUGGGUCACUUUCAUGCCAUUGGUCGCGAAAGGGACUUCAACACUGGCUCAUGAAAACUGGGGAUGACGACGGAGCAAAGCUUGCCGCAGAGGAUGGACUCAGCCUGAAAGGCGAUGAGAAACAAGCUGUCGCGCUCGCGCCUGGGAAGGCCUAA